AAUUUUUUGUGUCCGGCGUCGGGUAUGUCACCGGCCGCCAUCUCAUUUCAGGCUAUCGAUCGGCUCUCUGCAAGUGGGCCCUCUCCCGCGGGGCGAUGAACCCGAAGCUGGUGCGGCUUGGAAAUCUGAGAAGCGCUACAAGAAGUUGGAGCUGCUCGCCUGCUGCCCCUUUCCUCCCCCGGGCCCCCUCUCCGCUGCGACGGCGAGCCCAAGAAAACUUUCCUCUAGGAGCGCAUGGAGGUGUCCGCUGGGCUCCGGCCGCCGCCCGUCGCUGCGGCAGCGUCGCUCCGAGGCCGUCGGUUUGCGUCGGUGCCGCCGCUCGCGGCUUCCCAUUCGGUGCGGUCCGUGUCCCGCGCGGUUAAGAAUAAAGCAAGUGCAAUCUAUGACCUCCAAAGGAAUAGAAGUAACCUUGAAUCGCUAUUCUGCUACGACAAAUCUGUCCCAGAGGAGAAUAUUGGAAAACCGUCCGGUCUAGAUCUGGAAAAGAAGGAUGUCGGGGACAACCCUCCCUGCUCAAGCUGUGAAGCUAAAGGCGCUGUGCUGUGCGCAACAUGCGCUGGUUCAGGCUUGUACGUCGACUCGAUACUGGAGAGCCAAGGGAUCAUCGUGAAAGUCAGAUGCCUAGGCUGUGGAGGAACUGGGAACAUCAUGUGCUCCAAGUGUGGAGGCCGUGGGCAUACCUGAAUGAUAAAAAGCUUGGACAUUGCAGUGUCUCCGCAGCAAGACAGUACAAUCCUGCUAGCAUCCUUCCCGAGUUACGUUGGUGGGUAUUUGGUCUCAUGGUGACAUCGUCAAUCAAAAAGAGUUACGAUUCUUCCGGAGAAUUUUCCUUGUGCUGAUCUAGCUGCUGUAACUGCAUCGAAACAUGCUUUAGAAGCUAUUGAACCCCAUCCCCCCCCCCCCCCCCCCUUUUGCUUUUUAUUCCCCUCGUUUCAUGCCUAAAAGUUUAAAGGACGAUGCGUCAAAGGAUUCGAUGUUAUGUUGUAAUCAUAAAGGUUAAUGAAAUGUGAAAGAUACACUUCGUUUAUGGGAGAGAUUAGAUUCAAA